UGUUGCAAUUAAUCGAUAAGUGUAAGUAUCAACAGUCCCCACUUCCUUGCCGAAGGACAACAGAAGUAGUCGGCAGACACAUACAAUUUUCAUUUUUGUGUCGCUGUUAAAGCAGAGGCACAAUUGCAAUCCAAUUGGACAACUAGCAAUAACCGUUAGUGUUUCAAAGAUGCAUUGGUGGCGCGAUUCCAAAUAGAUGCAGAUGCCGCUGCACUCGACGCACCGUACAUAGCCGAAAAAUGAACAAUUUGGAGCACGUCAAGCACUUUUAUCCAGAAAAUUACAAAUUGGAUCUCUCUGAGACAAUGAAGGCGGCAUUAUCCAAAGGCCCAGUGGGCGGGGGCGUGGUCAAUGCAGUAAGCAGUAACAACAGUAGCAGUAGCAGCAGCAGUAACAUAACUAGCUCCAUGGGCGGACCAACACACACCGAAAUGCUACAACAGCAGCCAAACGCCGGCGUUGGAUAUGUUACCGAGAAGCUCUAUAUGCUGCUGCAGCUUUAUCUGCAGAACAAGGGCUGGAACCCGAGCGCCGAACUGUUGCAAUGCUUCAGUGAUCUGAAGGACAACGCCAUGCUGCCCAGUGCCGCCUACUUGCAAGUCCUGGCCAAUCGACUUACUCUGGACUCACAGGGGCGACUUAUAUUGCGCGAUAAUGGAAAGAUUGUGCUGCCCUUUGAGCAUUUUGCCAAUGCGGUAAUGUUGAAGCACAUGUCGGGACCGCAUGGUCUGCAUCUCAGUGUAGAUGCCACGGUGCGCGCGGUCAUUGAGUCGUACACCAUUGGACGAGAUCAGUUCGGCAUGGAAAAGGAGUUUAUUAUUGAAGUGGUGCAAUCGUGUCCCAGUCCGGCCUGUCGCUAUUAUAAGAAUCACAUGGGCAUAUCCCCCAUGCCUUUUAUGGAGCAACAAUAUCCUGGCGUUAAUACGCCUGACUUUUUGCAGCGUCUAUCGCAUCUCCCCCCAAGCGCUGCGGCAGGAAGUAGCGCUGCAGUUAGUUCGGCUGUUGCCAGUGCUGCUAGUGGCGUACCCAGUGGCAGCAACAACGCUGCUCCUGUCGAGAUUGACUUGUCCAAAUCGAGCGGCUCCAAGGUGCCGCCACAGUUGCAGCACUUAACUAAACAACAGCAGAGUAGCAUACAAUCGCAGCUAUCGCAAAUAAGUGCGGCCGCUGCUGUCGCGCAUCAUCAGCAGCAUCAACAACAGCAGCAACAACAGCAGCAGCAACAACAGCAACAACAACAGCAGCAACAACAGCAGCAACAGGCUCAUGCUCAAGCACAGGCAAAACAUCAGCAACAGCUUACAGCCGCAUUGAUUCAACAGCAAAAUCGCGUGCUUGCGCAGCAGAGCCUGGAGAAACUUGGCAAUCUAAGUGCUUUGGAGAAGCAACGUGUAUUCGCACAGCUCGAUCCCAAGCAUUUUGACCCAAUGGCUGUUGCAGCAGCAGCUGCCAAUUUGCAAAUUCAAGGCAUGAUGCAGUCACAAGCAGUGGCUGCAGCUGUCGCCUCUAAUCAGCAGCAGCCGACGCCGUUAACUACGACUAACUCCUCGGCAACAGUCGGAUCUAGCAUUGGGGCACAGGUGCAUCAUACGCAUCAUUCCUUGCCACCGCCUUCGCAAUCGCCGCACUCGUCGUCAUCGUCUUCCUCUCACUCAUCCAUGGAUCAGUUUACGCAUAAGAGUAUCUCUGAUUCCUUGCGAUCCAAUUUGGACUCAAUUGAAUCAAAUAAGGAUCUGUUGGCGCUGCAUAAUGGCGCCUGGGCCAGUCACGAUGCCAAUCGGAUUGAUCACAUGGCAGUUGGCCAGGACAAGAUUGUGCGCAUAUUCUCAGAGCUAAUGCGAAACAUGUCGCGGAUGAAGACAUACAUACGGCCUUCCAUGUGUAAGCCCUAUGGCAAGCAAAGCGAGAGCUUGCAGAAGACUCUCAUGGACACCAUUCAGAUUGUGCAAACGUUGCGCAAUUGCUUGCCGGCACCCCACAUUCCUGUUUCGUCCUGGAAGAGCGAAAGUGAGGGUACUGUCGGUGUGGGUGUAGGCGUAGGAGUGGGCGUGGGCGUGCCACAAGGCAUGGGUAUGAAUACGCUUGGCUUGCAAUCCAAUCGAACGGAUAAUCUGCACUGAAUUGGAUUGGAAAG